AUGACUGGUGCAACAUCACAGGAUAUUUUAAAACAUUUUAAAGAAGGGAUUAAGCCCCUGCACUUAAACAAAUUGUUACAAAUAUCCAUAGAUGGUCCUAAUGUCAACUGGAAAUUUGUCAAGCUACUAUGUGAAGAAGAAGAAAUAACUCUCUUAGAAAUAGGCUCUUGUGGAUUACAUGUUGUACAUGGGGCCUUUCAGACUGGGCAUAACAGUGUAAAAUGGAUGGUUAUUGAUGCUCUUAGUUCAUUUUAUUUCCUUUUUAAAGACUCACUAGCACGAAGGGCUGCUUUUACAAAAUUAACAAAUCAGACUGUCUUUCCAUUAAAAUAUUGUAGGGUCAGAUGGGUUGAAAGUGUUACAGUUAUUUGA